AUGAAUAAUAAUGCUAAAUAUUCAUUUAUUAUUUUUUUAAUAAUUUUAAUUUUAAAUUUUUGUAAUUGCCAAAAUUAUCAAUAUUUUGAUUUUACAGAUCAUUCAAAAUUAAAUACAUAUGCAAUAAAUUCACAAAUGGAUCAAUGUAAUGUUAACGUUUUUUUUAUGGCCUAUACUGAAAAUAACCCUAAUGGUCCACCAGAAAUAAUAAAUUUUAUGUCAAAAGGUCCAAGUCCUUCAAUUUCUCAAAAUGUUAUCUCAAGAAACCUAACAACUGUUUUUUAUUCAGUUUUGUUAACUUUUGAAUUUGGUGAUUUGGAAGCCACAUUUUUUGUUGACGAUUCAUAUAAUAAUAUAAUUUAUAAUUGUUCUUGUAAAAAAAUUAAUAUUACAGAUUUAUCAAUAGAAUAUCAAACACCAGUUUUUUAUACAGAAUAUACUAGUUUUGCUACUGUCUUUAAAGUUAAAGGUCUUCAAUAUCCAUUAAUUUUGGUACACGCCUAUGGCCUUUAUUCAAUAACACCGAUGGAUAAUUAUUAUUAUUUAUUAACAAUAAAUUCAAAUUAUUUUUUAUAUGAAUCAAAUGAUUUAUUAAUUUCAAUUUUGUUCCCAAAUGAUGAAUCACUUGAUUUUUCUUUAAAUUUUUUUAUAUCUACAUCAACAUUAUAUAGUGACAUAAUUAGUGACUUUAAAUUAUACCCAGAAACUAAAAAUUAUACUGAAAUUGCAUUUAAACACGAUCCAUUGGUUACUUUUAGAUCAGUUUUUUCAAAACCAAUUCCACAAGUGUUUUUACUAUCUCAAUCAUCUUUUUUAUUCUUAGCCAAACCAAUUUAUGGAACACCAGGAAACUUGACAUAUAUUGCUUCAACAGUACAGACAACUGUUCCUCAAAACAUCUCUUUGUUUUAUCAAAUUCCAGACAACACUUUUAAAAAUAUUUUUAUCACUGAAUUAAUAACAAAUAUUGACACAGGGUCCAACAUAAACAACAGUUUUCAAAAGACUUUUAUUUAUAAUAAUCAAAUAUUCACAUUUGAGUUAUCAGAUUUAUUCAAUUAUGAUUCAAAAUGUUACUUUUUUUCUGGUAAUUAUUUAGGAACGGAUAAUUCAUAUACCAUAGUCAAUGGUUUAACAUUUCCAUUUGGAUUUGUAAAUGGAAAUAAUAAUGUAUACAAAAUGAAUUUUACUACAUUAUUACCAUUUGGUUUUGGUAGUGGAUUUAUUCUAUCAAUACAUGAACCAGUUUCGGGAACCUCGGUUUCUUAUCAAAAAAUUCCAUCUCUAAAUAUUGUAAAUAAUUCAUUAACUUGUGAAAUAAUUUCUUUUGAAUCAAUUUAUUUAAAUGAAUUUAAAUUUUUAUUAAGAUUUCAUGUUGUUUCAUAUUAUGGUAUUUCUUUGAUAUCAAUUCCAACAUUUAGACCAACAUUUAUUGGCAAUGAAAAUUUAGUAUCAGGUACAAUUUAUAAUGGAGUUUGGGAAUAUAUAUAUUUUGGUGAAGAAAUAACUUUGGAUAGAAUUAAAAUCAUUUCACAAUCUGGUCAAAUUAAAGAAAUUAAUUGUGGUGAACCUUUUUCAAUAAUAAAUCCAAAACAAAUUAUAACAAUUUCUAAAAUUAAAUUUAAUGGAUUUAAUUAUAGUAAUGAUUUAAGUGAUAUAUCAUUCUUGUAUAAUAAUGUAAAUGUAACUAAUCAAAUGGUUUCAAAUAUUAUGUAUAUAAACUUUACAAAUAUUGAAAAAUAUAAAUAUCAAACUAUUGGUUUAUAUUUAUUGGAUUCAAAAUCAUUAAGGGAUGAAAAUUUCGAUGGUUCUUUAGUUGGAAAUUUUGAUAAAAACAUUUUUGGAAGUAAAUAUUAUUUUUCAGAUUUUGACCCAAUUAAUAAUAGAUUCCAAGUUAAAUUUAAUAUUCCAGCAAAUAUUUUACCUGGAAAGUUAGAUUUCAUAUUAGCAUUUUCUCAAUCAUUACGUAUAUAUAGUCCAUCUCUACCUAAUAAUUUCCAAUUAAAUAUUACUUCAUCAUUAAUUGAUAUUCAAGGACCAAUUUUCACAAAUAUUAUUAAAAAUCCAAAUGGUAAAUUUGGAUGGAUUGUUACUAUUGAAGAUUCAAUAAAUGGUUUAGAUUAUGGUAUCAUUUCAAUAUUUGGUUUAUUGGAUAGUUCAACAUACAAUUUCACAAUAAAACCAUCAAAUGCAAUUAAUGGUAAUAAAUGGAAAGGAGAUUAUGAAAUAUUUAUUCCAUAUGAUUCAGUAUCAAAAUGUAUUUCUCAACAAUAUAUGAUUAAAUUUGUUGAGCUUUUUGAUAGUCAAGGUAAUAGCGCUACAUUUAUAAAAUAUUUAAGAACAAGAGAUGGUUCAACAAUUGUUAAAACAUUGACAAAUCCAUUUAUUAAUUUUAUGAAUGAUAUAAAUAUUAUUAAAAUUAAUUAUACAUGUCCAAAUGAGGUAAUUAGUUCAGAAUCACCACCUUCAUUAAUAUCAUUCACAAUAUCAAAAAGUUCAAUUGAUGUAGGUUUGAUUAAUACCGUUGAUUUUAAUUUCCAAGUAAAUGAUUUGCUUGGAAUUAAAGAUUACCAAUAUCCAAUAGUUUAUUUAACAACUAGUAAACUUGAUAUAAUUGAAUGUGUUUCAAAUUUAACUUCAAAAUUAACAAAUCAAUUUAAAUGUUCAAUUGAAAUUCCAAUUGGAUUUGGAUAUCCAAAUGGAAUUUUAGUAUCUGUUUAUGGUUUUAUAAAUAAUGGUGGUUUUUAUAGUGGCUAUUGUUCUCAACAAUUACUUGAAAUGAAUUUUGCAAGUUUCAUAUCAACUAAUCAAACCUAUACAAUUAAUCAACCAUAUAUUAAAAGUUCAAAUAAAUUUUCCAAUCAAGGUGGUACUUUAUGGAUUUAUGGAAGAGGUUUUGCAAUUGAUUCAAUUGUUGAGAUUAAAUUUAAAGAUAAUGGUUUCACUUCAUUUACACAACAACAAACUAAUUUAAUUUAUUCAAGUGCUAUUUCAAUUGAAAAUGUUAGAUCAACAAAUCAACCAUUUGUAGUAAUAGUUAAAUCAUCUUCAAAAAUUUCAAAUGAAUUUAUAAUUAAUCCAAUUCUUUUCAAUUUUAAUUAUACAGAUCCAUCAUCUACAUCACCUUUACCUACAAAUCCACCAAAGAAAUGUUUGGGUAAUCCAGAAUGUGGUGGUGUAAAUAAUGGUUAUUGUAAUAAUGGUAUUGGAUGCGUAUGCUACACUCCAUGGGUAGGUGAAGAUUGCACUUCAAAAGUUAUUGUUAUUCCUCAGCCAUCGAUUAAUACAACAAACCCUACAACUGAUAUACCAAUUAAUGUUACAGAUUCAACUCAAAAUAAUCUAUAUAGAUCAUUAAUUUCAUUAGUAUCAUUAAGAGAAUUAGAUUUCAAUAAUAAACAAGUAAAAUUAUUUAAUUUUGAAAAAUGGGUAUAUUCAGAAAUUAAUAAUACAACAAACAAAUAUUUAACUACAAUCUCAAAUAAAAAUAGUGUUGGUGAAAUAGUUGAAACGAAUAUCACAGUAGUAUUACAAUGGUUUGAAAAGAAUGAUACAGUAAUAUUUGCAGGUCAAACAUUAAGAAUGAAUCCAUCAUCAAUUAAAUAUACAGUUAAUAUUACAAGUUAUUCAUUCGCUCAAAAUCUUAACCAUCUUCAAUUGAUUAUGUCUGCAUCAUUACAAUCCUCUAAAACUGAUGAUAUAUGCUCUUCAAAAUUAUUUGGUAAUACUAGCGAUGGCGAUAAUUCAAACUUUAUGAAACUAAAAGUAAAUGAUCAUUCAGUAUAUGGUAGAUUUAUUAAACGUGCAAUUGUUGAUAAUAAAAUUAUCUCUGUCGAUAAUAAUAUAUUAGAUGAUUAUUCAACGGAUACAAAUUCAAAUUCUCAUACAUCUGAAACUUUUAUUGGUAUCUCAAUUCCAUUUUAUAACUAUAAUGUAUUGGUUGAUCCUGAUUUUUCAGUUUUAGUCGAUUCUAAUCCUUCAUCUUCAAAUGAUGAAAAUUCAAUUUGCACAUCUUCUUCAAAAUUAUCUAGUGCUCAAUUAGCUGGCAUUAUAAUUGGUUCGGUUGCAUUUGCUGCUAUAUUAGUAUUUAUUGCAUCAUAUGCAAUUAUUCAAGGUAGAAAAGAAAGAAAAUAUUUAAAUGAUAUGAAUAAUAAAUUAUCAUCAAUGAAUAAAAAUGGAACUUCUGGGGGUGAUUGA